CCCCGGGAGACAGUUUGUUGUGCGCACACGCGUCGCGGCUUGUCUGGGGCGCGCGCCGCGCGCCGAUGCCCGCUGUUAUCUCUAGAACGCGCGCUGGGAGAGAGACAGGCGGGGGCGUGUCCGUUCCGGAGCGGUGUGGGGGGUUGAUUGGGCGUUGCCAGGCAGCGGGACGAGGGGAGGGGCAGCGGGGUAUAUAAGCCGCAGCCCAGCCGUUGCUCGGCUUGUUCGACGCCAUCCAGUCGCUGCCGGUCUGGAUAGACUCGUAGCAUAUAUAAGCCCAGCUUUUUCUGUUGCCCUCUUCCUUUGUGAGAGAGGGCUAGCUGAAGACGACAACUUGGAGAUUCCUACAGAUAAACUUGCAUACAUCCAAAAUAAGAGUAAAUCUCAGCUGUAACAGUACCUUGCUCUGCCCUGCAGCUAUCAGUUUCAGUAUUUCUAGGUAGAGAAGCGGUAGAUAGGUCAGCCAGCAAAAUGAGUCACUGCAAUAGCUCAACAUCAUUGGAGCCUGGUAGUACGCAAGUUAGUGUCAAGGUUUUCAGGCUUGAGAUCAGUGAAGGGUCUCCCCCAAAGAUCUCUCCUGAGCCAGUAGUACCUGACGCCAAAACACCAACACCAGAGCCAGGAACACCAGAGCCAGAGCCGGAACCAGAGCCAGACGCGCCACCACCACCACCACCGCCUCCUCCACCUCCUCCACCUCCAAAGCGUAUGGCUGAAUUAGCUGUUGGAAUCAAUGGAUUUGGCCGUAUUGGGCGCUUGGUCCUCCGAGCCUGUGUGGAAAAGGGGGUCAAAGUUGUGGCUGUCAAUGACCCUUUCAUUGACCUCAACUACAUGGUCUACAUGUUCAAGUAUGAUUCUACCCAUGGGCGCUUCAAGGGAGAGGUGAAAGCCGAAGGUGGCAAGCUAGUAGUGAAUGACAUGAAAAUCUCUGUAUUCCAGCACAUGAAACCAAAUGAGAUCCCUUGGGGUGAGGCAGGAGCUAUGUAUGUGGUUGAAUCAACUGGAGUCUUCCUCAGUGUUGACAAAGCAUCGGCUCAUCUCCAUGGGGGAGCCAGGCGAGUGGUGGUGACCGCCCCAUCCCCUGAUGCUCCUAUGUUUGUUAUGGGAGUCAAUCAUGAGAAAUAUGACCCGUCUAGCAUGAAUAUUGUGAGCAAUGCUUCCUGUACCACCAACUGCCUGGCACCUUUAGCCAAGGUCAUCCAUGACAACUUUGGCAUUGUGGAGGGCCUUAUGACCACAGUUCAUGCUUAUACUGCCACUCAGAAGACUGUGGAUGGUCCCUCUGCCAAGGCUUGGCGUGAUGGGAGGGGUGCCCACCAGAAUAUCAUUCCAGCUUCUACUGGUGCUGCCAAAGCUGUGGGCAAAGUUAUCCCUGAACUCAAUGGGAAGCUCACUGGCAUGGCCUUCCGUGUGCCGGUGUGCGAUGUCUCCGUUGUUGACCUGACCUGCCGCCUUCAGAGGCCAGCCACCUAUGCUCAGAUCAAAGAUGCUGUCAAGAAGGCAUCUAAAGGACCAAUGGCUGGGAUCCUGGGAUACACCGAAGAUGAGGUUGUGUCUACUGAUUUCAUUGGUGACCAUCGCUCCUCUAUCUUUGAUGCCGGAGCAGGGAUUGCUCUCAAUGAUAACUUUGUGAAGCUGAUCUCCUGGUAUGAUAACGAAUAUGGCUACAGCUGCCGCGUAGCUGACCUUCUGAAGCACAUGUUCACCAAGGAGAAUAAAUGAGCACUGCCCGCACUCGACAUUCCAGGCUGUCCAUCAGAGUGGCCUCACCCCUUCUUUAGUCAAUAGGUUUGAUCUCCUGGCCAGUUCUUUGCUUCAACCACAGAACCCUGAACACUGCACCUUUGUGUUUCACUGUAAAGCUUUGUGUAUGUGUGUGUGUAUGUGAGUGCGAGUCCUGCUUUCCACAGCAGCUUGUAUGAGCUUAAAAAUUGUAGUGAAGACAGAUUGCACCAAAAUCCCCCUGGAGAAAGAGGAGUCCAGUACCUGGGGUUAAGCAUUGGUUUUUGUGGCUGUAGUUACUUGAGAUCUUGUAAAUGUUGAAAUAAAACCACUGAAGUUAUGUGAACCUGGAAA